UCAUAUUCAUUUUCGUAGUGCUUCGUUUCUCUCUCCUAGGGUUUGAGUUUUUUCUGCUUCCUAGAAAGCUUCUUUCACUUCUCUCUCGAAGAUUGAUUAAUGGCGCAACAGGAGGUCCAGAAUGGAGAAUCUGAGAAGGCAGCCGUGGCUGUGGUUUUCACUGCUGUGAAGCAGCAGUUGCUGGUGGAGGCACCUAAGGCGAACGACGCUGUUGCGUUCUACAAAGCUGCUUUUGGUGCCGUGGAGCUGGACCGCACUACCCAGCCGAAACGCAAGGCUGAGCAGGAGCUCCCUCUCAUCCUGUCCGCCCAGCUCCAGCUCGCCGGCUCCACAAUCAUCGUCGCCGACGUUGAAGCGAACUCUGCUACUACGCUGAAGACCGGGGGAUCUGGAUGUGUGCUAUGCCUGGAGACUGAAGAUGUGGAAGCUGCCGUCGCCAAGGCUGUUGCUGCUGGAGCUGUUGCAGAAGGCCAUAUUACUGAAGGUGAGGAGGGAGCGUGCUGUGGUGGGCGUGUUGGGAAGCUGAAGGAUCCUUAUGGCUUCGUUUGGCUCAUUUGCUCACCUGCCAAGAAGUGUGCUACUGCGGAGGCGUAGGUGUCGUUUGAUUAAUCUAUCAAUCCUAACCCUGAUAUCUUUUCAAACUAGUGAUGUUUAUUUUGGCUAUAUUUUGAAUGUUAGUGGUGGGACCUCUGGCAAGAAAGUUCUCUCUAGCUGUUGGGAUUAGGUGAUCAGUUGGGUUUUAGAGGACCUCGUAUUGAAUACUGUUCAUGUUGGUCAGUUAUUUUUGGUAAAAACUUAUUAUGUUUAACAGACAGCUGUCAGCUUUUGUUAAUGUUGUUUAAUCCUUUUACCUAAAUUCUCUCU